AAGAACUUAAAUUAAAUCUUAAAUCUUCUUGUCAUGUAACCGAAAUUAAAAGGCGCGUUGUUAAGGAAAAUGGUGUCGAAUACACUCCUUCCACUUCAGUUAACCUUAAAUUUGCUGGGCAGAUUCUUCCCAGAAUUGGCCACAUUCGGAAGUUUUGCAAGAGUCGUUCGAGAUGCAGGCUGUGUGGGAGGGGCAGAGAACUUUGUUUCUCUCCUCUUCUCCCAGGCGGCGCCCCCGUCUGGUUACUUGUUUCAGCUACUAAGUUCACCCUGGUCGGAAUUGCUGCUACUCCGCGGUAAGGGCCAAUCAACAUCGAACAAGAAGAAGAAGAUUAAGUUAGACAAGAAAAAGAUUAAGUUAGACAGCAGUUUACUUCGACACUCUAAUACGAGAGGAAACACUUUUCCCAAUGCUUCUGCCAUUUUUUUAAUCCCUUAGAAAAAUACAAUUUCGAACUCUACAAAAUAGGCCUCUGUUUCGGCGAUGACCUCCUCAUUCGACGUGAAUGUUUUUCCACCG